AUGAGCUCCGAUGGUCUACGCGCGCGCUUUCGGCAGCGCCAAACGGAGCCAAACAAUAGCGUCGAGCUCGGUGCAUCUUCUGCCAAUGCUUACUUUAUAUCUAAACGGAUUAGUAAACGUGUGCCUCGCAAAAACAAGCCUCCUCCAUUGAAAAAGCGACAACCUGUAGCUAUUCCAGAUGUUCAAACUCAACGAAUAGCUCCGAGCCAUCAAGACGUGGAGGAGCGAGAGGAAGACGAUGAAUUGAAUCGAAUAUUGCAAUUUCCUUUACGUGGCCAGUUACUGGCUGAGCUGCGAGCAGUGGACGAGCAGGGAAAGCCGCAGGAUAGAUGCUUUGAAUCGCACUUUUCUGCCUGGAAGAGCGAACUCCUUGGUGGCUACAAUUUGCUUUUUUAUGGAUUAGGCUCGAAAUUAUCUCUACUUCAAGAAUUUGCGUCUUCGUUUCUGAGUGAUGGUGUCGUGAUACAAGUGUAUGGCUAUUUGCCUGUCGUGUCGCUCAAAUAUCUAGCUCAAAAGAUUCAAGAAAAGAUAUUACAGAUCGAUCUGAAACCGAACCAGUCUCUUGUUCAUCAGUGUCGAGAUAUUGCCAAGACUAAACCAUCAUCACGACACAUGCUGCAGAUUUACUUGCUGGUGCACUCAAUUGACGGUUUGGCGCUGCGUAACCCAGAGGCUCAGACAUGCUUGAGCUGGCUAGCAAAAGCGCCAUUUAUCGCUCUUAUUGCGUCAAUGGACCACAUCAAUGGUCCUUCCAUUUGGAAAGAGGAAGACUCACUUCGGUUUGAGUGGCUCCAUCAGAAUCUUGAUACGUUCGAGCCGUAUACGGACGAGAUUGAACUGAGGCUGACCAAACGGUCAAAGACAGCUGAUGCUUCAAGCAAUGGAGUCAACUUUAUUCUUCAAAGUCUUACUCCAACAAAUAUUGCUACAUUGCAAGAGCUGGCACGCCAGCAGCUUGCGGCUGCAGAUUCAUCGAAGAAACGCGUCCAGAAGAUUAAACACAAGUUUGUACCUUACCAGUCGGUGUAUGAUGCCUGUCGAAAGAAACUAUUACAUUCUACACCAUUAGCAAUGAAGAAUUCCGUGAAAUGCCUUGAAGACCAUGGUCUACUGAAACAGCGUCGUGUCGACACCGUGGAGUAUUUGGAGAUACCAUUACCGGAAUUGAUCAUCAGGACUGACAUACUCCGUGUAGAGGCUGAAGAUUGA